AUGUCAGCCAUCCUGCGCAGAUUACAGGGGGGCAACCUCGAAGUCUUCAAGUUCGGCAUGUACAUCAUCUUCCCCAUCGGCUGGAUGUACUACUUCGGCACAAACCUCGACGACCGAUUCAGCGUACCGGGUUUCUGGCCUACCGCCGAGCAAUCGCACAAGAUCCCACUGGAGAAGGAAGAGAUUGAUCGGGAGCUGGCACGGAUGAGGACGGUAGAUGCGGUCCGGCGUGAGCGGCGGUUGCAGCGGGAGGCGAUGGAGGCGCAGGCACAGGCGCAAGUAGCUGCGCAGGCUGAGAAUGCGGAAUAG